AACAAGAGGAUUAAAGAGCCCUCUAACUCUGCCUUUCAGAUAACUAAAUGAACGCAGAGGCUGCCAGUCAGCCCCAUACAACAGAGCGGGUGACACGGAGUGACGAGAGGCGGCCCUGAGAGGUGGCACGCCGUGCUGUCCACCGCCACUCUGCGGGAGCCGGGGUCAGGAGGGUGUGCUGACGGAGGGGUGACCCAGGCCGCAUCUGGGAAGUGAUGGGACCAUCCUGAGUGCUGCCCAUGGGGGUCAGUACCCAGACCACCACGUCCCCGCACUUCCUCCUGGACUCUGGGCUGCGCCGUGGGGCUCCCGCACUCAGUCCCGGUGCUGGGUCGGCGCCCUCCCCGGCCUCGGCACCAUGCACUCCAGGGGUUCUGCGGGGCUGACAGGUCAGUGGGCAGUGCCAGCAACACACCAGCAACGCUGCCCACGCUGACGAGAUGGAGCCCGAGGCCAGGCAGGCUUCAGGGAGACGGAGAAGGGAACGGAACGGGGACCAGUCACAGCCCGGCUGUGUCCCAGCGCAGCGUCCGAAACGCAAGCACGAACUGCAGGCAAAUCCAUGGCAGGCUCCCUGGGAGGCACAGCUCAGGCAGGGCAGGCAGAACACCAGCCCCGGGGGAGCAGGCUCCUGCCACUACCAAGCGCCCCGAGUCGCCAGGAAUUGGACAAUCGGUGCGCUGCCGGCGAGGCACAGCGGCGCUCAGAGAGGAGCUGUCACUAACCGUGUGCCUCCACCCUCCUCUAUUUAACAACCAACUCCGGCGUUAGAAGAACACACCUAAGACCAUGCCGGGCAACCCGAUCCGGGGGCGGACCCUCAGAAGACGUGAAGCAGCCGCACCGAUCCCGCCCAGGCGCACAGAGGACGAAGCUGGACACGGUCCGGAGAAACAGACUCAACAGGCAAGGCAGACGCUUCGGCCCUUGCCCUCCACGCCCCGAAGUCCCAGUGCGUUCUAAUGAAUUCCAGGCCUUCCGCUCGUCUCUCCUGGGACGUGCAACAAGGGAAGGCCCAGUGUUCAUUUUUGAGGCCAGAAAAAUGAAACCGAAGCACGAUUUACAAACUCGGACAAAAGCAGAGGCUGCAGACCGUCCCUGGCUCCAACAAUGCCGCGCGGGCGGAGGUGACCGAAUCCCGCUGCGCCAGGACGGCGGUCAGAGCGCAGAGCCCAGCGCUUAGAAACCGCACUUCCUGUUCCUCAUAUGACUCCGAGGAAGGAAAAUGCAGGUGCUAAAAACACCCAGCGUGUUCUGCAGGAAUUUCUGCGUCUAGCCCGGCACAGACUCCCUCUGGCAUAGAGACGAGCAGGCACUUAGCACGGCGAACCCACACGCACCGCCCCAAAGCAAGCACCAGCACGUGCCCCCCGACCACGCUCCCGGCUCCCGGCUUCAGCCCCGCCCAGCCCUGGCCGUUGCAGGCCGCUGGGGAGAGGAACAGCAAAUGGGACUUCUCCGUCUCUCUGCCUUUCAAGUAAAAAUUGAUGGAGCUAUUUCGGAGUUGGCCAGUCGACGCCGUCACAGCCGCUGCAAAUCCGCUGUGGCCUGGCCAGCGCGUCGCCGUGCAGUCAGACCAGACCUGGCCUCGCCCGGCAGGGCUGACCUGUCUCACCACGCACUCAUGCUCCUUUUUAACUGCUUAACUGCUGGGGGGAAAACAGCAGCCCCGCUGGCACCAUGGGCCAUUUGUCUAACCUCUUCCUUCCAGCACUUUCUGGGGGCCCCGUCGGUCUGGCGGGGAGACCUCUUGUCCUUACCCUGCCUUCUUCCGGAUCACGGAAGACCCAGAGUUCCCAUCUUCAGCAGAGCAUGCCGGUCCCUCAGGCCCAGGCCUGGCACCAUUUGCCAGGGCCGACGGCCCCAGCCAGGUGUGUGUGCUCCCGCGAGAGAAGUGCCCCGCAGGGCAGCCUCCUUCCCGGGGUGAGCACCGUCCUGGGAGGCAGUGGGGGGCUCUCUGCAGCCUGCACUCCCGUUAGAACGAGGUGGGGAAGGCACGCUGCUGCCACAGCAGCCGUCAACAGAGGCGGCCGCCAGCGGUGGUCAGGUUCACACGCCGCGGCCUGCGGUGAGGUAUUUAAUCAUAGAUACACACAUGUAUAUGUAACUCCAAACCAGCCUGACGCAGGGCUCUGGUCCUCUGGGUGUAGAAUCCUCAUUCUCCCUGUGAUCGGGCAGACGACACGACGUACCCAGGCACUUAGAAAACCCGGCUUCAGGAGCGCAGUCCGUGCUGACGGGUCCCUGCCGUCACCUGCAGCCCACGCACCGAGCGCACGCUUCCCUUCUACACCGGCAGGCGGGAGCUCUGAUGAGCCUCCGGCCCGGUUUCCUGGGCUCUGCCCCGGGCUAGCAACCCGUGCCCCGGGAGUUCGGCACCGCGCCAGGGCCACGGCAGGGCUCCAGCUCCCACCGGCUCAACCCGACCUCGGGUCUGCACCACAGAGAACACGACCGAAAAGGAAGCAGCGGCUGGCCGCUGAGCUGCUCAGGGUGCGGACGCCGGAUACCAGAGGCGAUUUCCAGGACGAGCGGAGAGGACCCCAAGGCCAGGGACUGGCAGCCCCUGUGGUGCGAGGCUGCCCUCUACUGGAAUCCCCAGCCCACGCCUCAGAAGAGAACUCCAGGGAACACUUGUUAAGAAAACUUCAAGACCCAGCAGUGGAAUCUCAAGUUACAGGAAGAUGCUGACGAACCCGGAUCCCUGAUCCCUGAUCCCUGAUCCCUGGGGGUUCUCACAGCCUGCUGGGGGGGGGGGGGGCAGGCAGCUGCACUCGGCCCUAAGCCUGGGUGCUGGGUGGCCACGCUGGAGGGGAGGGGCCGCGGCAGGCCUGGGAAUGCUGUUAAGGACCCUCAGCUGGCAUCUGAGAACCUGGAUCUGGGGAGAGUCCCUGCCAUCCCUGGAACUGAACAGCCCAGAGAUAAUUCAAGCCCUGAAAUAAUGGGCCCCAGGCGACCAAGCACCCACCCCUCCUGCACCAGCUGCUUCCAGCCAGCCCUGCAGGCGCUCCAGAGUGGGGGCCCCCAGACAAGGAGCAAAGAGCUUCCGCAUCCCCACGCGGCCACACAGCCAGAAAGGCCACAGCGGCAAAGCACUCGCACACAGCUCCCAGGGAAGGACGCCUGCCGGCAGCACCCGUCCAUUUACCACCAUCGGGCUUCCGCGUCCUCACCCGAGCACUGCCAGGGUCCAGCCCGCGACCCCAGACGUGAGAGACGCCGGGAAAGCAACAUCCGCGUCCGGAAGCGGCCGGCGAGGCUGGAGCCCCCGCCCGCAGUCAGCGCAGCUCCCUGCCGGCCCCCAGGUCUUACCUUGGA